CGCUGUGUCUUCUAGGUUUGGGGGUGGUAUCCUGUUUCUGGGCUCCCUGCGAAUUUUCUCCAGCUCAGCCAUGUGGAGAGGACGGCAGGGCCGCCUCAGGCCGGUGGGCUGCGUAGUGGAGGAGCUACGGUGCCGGCGCCGGGAGCGGGAGGCAGCAUUACGGAAGGCGCGGAGGGAGCAGCAGCUGGUCAGUAAGAGGCUGCUGAGAGACGACCUCCUGGAGGAAGCCGAAGGGGAAUGUGUGGCCAUGAUCCUCGGGGAAGCUGAGAUCCAGCAGUUCCUCCAGUUAGCACAGCGGGGGACAGAUGAAAAGCAGAGAGAGCGAGCUCUGGUCAGCCUUCGUCGAGGCUUGCAGCACCCUCAGACGCAGCAAACCUUCAUCUGGCUGGAGGGCAGCAUGCGGACCCUGGUUGGGCUUCUGACCAGCAACCGAGCCCUGUUGCAGCUAGAGGCCGCUCGGUGCCUUCAUGAGCUCUCUCAUUCCGAGCAGUCUGCGGUGGCUGAGGCCUGCCUGCCAGCCACUUCCUACCUUCUCACCUACCUCUCCGGUCACAGCUCAGACUUUAUAGAGCUCUGUCUGUAUACACUGGGUAACCUGAUUGUGGAGAGUGAGGCUGUGAGAAGGCGGCUCCUGCCACAGGGCAUUGUUCCUGCUUUGGCUGCCUGCAUCCAGUCUCCCCAUCUGACUGUGCUGGAAGCCCUUGGAUAUGCCUUGUCCCAGCUUCUGCAAGCUAAGGAAGCUCCAGAGAUGAUCAUCCCUUCCGUCUUAGGCUCCACUCUCCCCCAGCAUAUCCUACAACUGUUGCAACCUGGACCAAAGCUAAACCCUGGGGUUGCUGUGGAGUUUGCCUGGUGCCUGCACUACAUCAUCUGCAGCCAGGUCAACAAUGCCCUGCUUAUCUCCCAAGGGGGUCUAUCCACUCUGGGGCUGCUGCUAUUGGACGUGGCUGGGGCUGUCCAGAGAACUGAGGAUGCAGGACUGGAGUUGCUGGUAUGCCCUGUACUUCGGUGUCUAAGCAACUUGCUAACAGAAGCAGCAGUGGAGGUUGUGGGAGGGCCAAAUCAGCUUGAAGAUGAGCGUGUGGUGGUGGCCUUAUAUAUCCUUCUGCAGUUCUUCGUCCAGAAACAGCCCAGCCUGCUUCCUGAGUGCCUUUGGCUCCUCAACAACCUUACUGCAAAUAGUCCUAGUUUCUGUACCUCCUUGCUCUCCAUGGAUCUGAUCAAGCCACUUUUGCAGUUGUUGCCGGUUUCUAAUGUGGUGAGCGUAUUGGUGCUCACAGUUCUGUGCAACGUGGCAGAGAAGGGUCCUGCUUAUUGCCAACAUCUAUGGCCAGGGCCCUUGCUCCCCUGCUUGAUGGGCACACUGGCCUCCUCUGACACUGAAGUAGUAGGCCAGAGUUUAGAGCUCCUGCAUCUGCUGUUCCUCUAUCGGCCAGAGGUGAGUUUUGGCCCUGGUACCCCUAUUCUGAGGCCUGUAGUCUCACCAUGGCCCCUUUCCCUUUCCAUCCUAUCUAUAGCCACUUUUCUGGGCCUGGCAAGCCUAUGUGGACUCCAGUUCAGAACUUGCAGCCUCUGGUUGGGAAGGCACUCUUCCAAAUAGAGGUGGGCUAACCUGUAAGGCUGUGGGAAUCUAAUGUUGGGGCACAGGAACUCGGGUGAUGAAUCCUUUUCCCUGCCCUCAGGCUGUGGAGGCAUUUCUGCAGCAUUCAGGGCUUCAGGUCCUAGAAAAGCAUCAGGAAGAGGCACAGCU